GGCCACCGCACUAACACGCGCGCGCAGCCUUCUUUGAUGGAGCUGCAGCCGCGCGUGAAUUUUUUGGGCGAGCGUUUGGCGCGGCACGCGGAUGCCCAAUAAGCGGCGCGCUCUAUAUUAUGUAUUAUGUGUACAAAGGCCCUGUGCCCAAGAUCGCCCGCGUGACAGGGGUUGUAGAUCCGAUCAGAGUGGCCUGUGUGUGUGUGUCUGUGUGUGUGUGUUCCAUCGCUCAGAAGUUGCUAGGGGGGCGCAGUCGCUGGGCGUGUUUGAGUGAAGUCCGUUAA